AUGGCCGACAUAGACAAUGAGAUCACUGGGGCGUGUAUGAAUAACAAUGAGUUGACACCAUUUAAGGUCGUCGAUUUGAAAAGAUACCUUGCGAACUGGAAAUUGAAUGUAUCAGAUCUUAAAUGCGAAUUGACUGAGAGGAUAAAAGGCGCAUAUAGACUUUCUAUAACUGACAAACACGUGCUGGAGGAGAGAGAUUGGGAAGAAAGAGAGAGAAGAGCAACCGAACGGUUUAUCCUCCCAUGUGGCGAGGGUGUUCCACCGCCAUCAACACUGAAAGCAUGGAAGUCCACUAUUGAUCUGUUUCCUGCUGUAGAGGAAAAACAAAAGAAAGUCACCAGACUACCAACCCUGGAUCCUUCUGUCGAAAGUGACUGGCUGCAUACACUCUGCGUUCUGCAACUGUCCAGCUGGGAGAACCUCACGUUUAGAGAAUUGUUUCCCUUUCUGUUUAAAUGGUGGAAUAAUGAGAUGAAUGCCUCUUGGAGUAGUAAGGUCUGUAAUAGUGAAACCCUUAUCAACCAUUAUGGCGUCUCCUUCUUCAAGCAAGCCCAAGAGUACACAUUUUCCUGUGAGAUUCUUGUCACUGCAUUUAUUGCUUAUUUCACCAUUUCAACCUCAACCCAUCCGUAUAUAACCAAACACCUCCUCUGUCAUCUGUGCAUUACAGCCCUUACCAGCCGGGACGAUCGACCCCCGGAAAGAUAUGACCUGCUGGUGAACGCCUACCAGAACGGCGGAUCCCGAUUCACAGCGAAUCUCUUCGGCUUUAGGCCUGAUGCAUUCUACUUUUACGAGCCGCUUUGGCGAUUCUCUGAGCAGGAGUACUUCCGGUCGCCUGGCACCGUCUGCAGCAUUCUUAACAACACGUGCAGGGAACUAGGAUUGGCUGCUGUAAACCGUGCACGCGACCUUAGGGACAUGAAGCAGCUGGUGGCUGAAGUACCCAUGAACUCCACCGUAGGCGACCUGAUGACGGAUGUGUUCGCGGACAUCUUCCGCUGCAACUUCUCCCGAAUAUCCAGUCUCGUCCAGCAGCAGGUCACAGACAACCUCAAAUAUGCAGGUCCGAGUUGGCGGCGAUACGCGGAGUGCCGUUACAGCAAACGACAGCCGAGGGACAUCUGUCUGCCGAUGCAGGCCCUGUACUGCUCUAACUUCCGGCACCUGGUAGUCAAGACGCUCCGAAUCACCACUGACUCAUUGGGUCCUCUCCUCGACCGGAAGCCCGAUCUCAAGGUCAUCCAACUGUUCCGUAACCCAUUCGCUAUCAUGAAUAGCCGCCUGGAGAGCUCCUUCCAGUCGAUUGUCAGUGACUUCGUUGAAAUGGGAGAAAGCCUGUGCAGAAAAAUGGAAAUAGACUAUCAAGGUUCCAUGGAUCUAAUGAAGAAGCACCCGGGCAGGGUAAAGAUAGUAUUUUACGAUGAUCUAAAGCGUAAUGUGAGUGGAAAAAUACAGAGUCUUUACAGUUUUCUGGGCAUGGAACAGCGCCCGGAAGACGCGACGGCAUUGGACGUUGUUAUCCCAAACGAAGGCGACCUUAACAACAAGACCAUCGAGGACUUACGGAAGAAGGACAACACACAGUGGUGGAGAGAUAGGAUUGACUUCAAAUUGUACAGAGAGAUUUUCCAACGGUGCACAAACGUUGUUAAAAUAUUCAGACUCACUGAUUUCAAGACUGAGGAAGAUUUGAGGAAUUUGAACAUUCCCGACAUGCACCUACCGGAUGUUUUCAAGAUAUAAUGCACGUGUUAAUGGUCUAGGAAGAACUUUGUGUCGGGGCUGUUUAUUUCAAAGAGGUUAGCCGACAUAAUAUUAACUGUCUCGAUGAAAUACUCAUUUAGUAUUUAAAAAAAGCACUCAAAACUCACUAUUUCACUAGGAUAUAUGGAAACUGAUUAUUUAUAACAUCAAGUAGAUAUUAUUAGACUAUAUAUAAUUUUAAAACUGUAUCAUAUAUUUUUUAGCUUUUAAAUGUCACUACCUAUUACGAAUGAUUUCAUUAUUUUGUAAUGUUGUAUAAAAUGAUUUAGUU